GUCGUUGUUGAUUGGUUCUUGAGAUUGUAACGCUUGGCGUUAAGACGCUCCACCGUGGUUAUGGUGUGUGCGAUGGCUGGGGGUGUCAAACAAGUUCACGAACGCCUGUCAAGUCUCUUAUCCUCCGUGUCCUUGUAUGAUCGAUCGUUUGCCUCAGCAAAGGGGCUUAGGCCUAGCUAGAUAUUUUUGCUUAUCUAACUAGCCUAGAUGACUUAAAGAAAUGCCACGAAAAGCAUUACGACUGACUGUUGAUUUAAACGUACAUGCUGUAACCUGCCCUGGGUCAGUGCUGUCAAGUCGUGAAGAUGUUUACCUUCAAGUUGUCAUGCUUGGCCAGCAACGUCGAACCCUCUGCCUUCCACCUGUUUUCCCAUUCCUCUUUCAUCAGGUGUUAACUUUUGACAGGACCUUCACAAACUGUAUGGAUCCUGCCCACCUCACCUACAUACUUCAAGCAGAGACAGUUAUUAUUGAACUCAUUCAACUUCCACCCGACUACUAUUCAGAUGGUCAGCUUUUAGCCUACCAUCGUACAUCGGCAAGAGAUUUUCUCUAUCCAGAGGAUACAUUAACACCUGCUUAUGCCGAUGCUGACCGUGAAAUACUACUUAAGAAAACGGUUUGGUUUAACGGGAUUUCACCAAAGCUGGAGUUUUCUUGUGUAACAACUGUUCGUGACAGUACUUCUGCAACAUACAAUGAAUUCAAAACAUUAACGGUUCAAGACCCUUUACAGAGAAUUGUGUCAAUAUCUCCUGCAAAACCAAGAGGAAGAACUAAAAAGAAGCCAAAGAGCUAUGAAUUUCCAACCACAUCAUCUCUUCUACGAUCACCUCAAAAGCAAUUAACUAAUAGUACUAAGCGAAAGCCACGAACAAUCAACAGUACCCUACAAGAGGAUAGACCGCCAUUUAUUUGUAAACGGAUAGAUACACAUAACAGAGCAGUCUCUCCCCCAAGAGCAAGAUCUGUGUCACCUCGGCGACCAGCUUCUGCCCCUCCAAAGAGUUUACGGAGGUCACCUGCAAAAUCAGCAAUAUCUGAUCUAGGAUAUGUAUCAGAGAAUGAUUGUACAAUAUGUAAAGUGUAUAAGCGUUACUAUGGUCACCGAUACUGGGGUCAUCGCUAUAACUACCAUCCAAACAAUGGAAUCAAAUAUGAAAUGGUUGGACCAAACAAGAAGAAAGCUGUUAAUUUUGAUAGUGUAUCAACCCUUAGUGAAGACACAGAGGAAUUACUUGAAGAUAUAAGUCAUCUGAAAAUCAGCAGCUUGGCCAAGCCUAUACCUGGGGUAGAUGUUGAGUAUGGCCGACUGCCUUACUCCCCUCGAUCCCCUAGACGUGCCAGGACAAGAUCGCUAAGCCCAACACUGAUGAAAUCCUCUUUACGCGAGAGACUAGGCGACUACUCUUUAAAUACUUCACGCAAUAUUAGCCACAAAAUCCGGAGAGCAUUAGACAGGAACUUUGAGUCGGUUGAUAUUGAUGAUGUAUCGACAAUUACAUCAGAUGAAGCUCUUGAUAACCUCAGGUCAUCGAUAUCUCCAUCACAACGGAGCACACUCGAUAGGUCCUUCAACAGGAGUGUUUCAUUCCAUGUGGAUGAUGGAAGCUACUGGAGUCUUCAUGGUCCCGAGUUGACAGGGAAAAGCAGUCGCCAGUUAUUUGAGGAUACCCUUAAAAAGAUUUAUCGGCGAACAUACAAAAAAUUGAAGGAACCGUAUUAAAAUGGUUUGUUAUCUAGCACCUGAUUUAGUGCAGCGGUUCUCAUACUUUUAAGUUUGGCCCUAAUGAAUUUCAAAAAUCUUUACCGCAACCCACUUCCCAGGACGUUAAAAAACAAAUACUCAUAAUGAGUCAUUAACUGUUAAACACAAUUGAUAUAAAGUUACUUUAAUGAUACGAAGAAUGGACACUUUUUGCUACGGCUAAUUGUAGCAGGAUGUAAAAUUCAGUGUUUAAAGAUUCUAAAGAGUUUUGUGACCCUCUAAUUUGCUUGGCAACCCAAUUUGAGUCGCGACCCAUAGUUUGAGGAACCGCUAAUUUAGAUGUUAUUUGUAAAUGAUGAAAUAAUAUAUUUUGAGUGAUCAGAUUUAAUUAAUUAUUUGAAUUUGUAUAUAAUUUUGUAAUCAGUACAAUGAACUUGUAGCAUACAUACAUUUCUAUUUGGAUAAUGUUACAAAAUGAUGUGUUUUUGUUGUAUUAUUUUUCUCUGCUGUGACAAUAUUUAUGUGCAUUGAGUGAUAAACCUUUUUUGCAUUGUUUUGAUUAAAAAUGUCUUUGAGCCACAAGUAUUUAUCUCAGGAAUAAAGACUAACAAUACAGUGUAUGGAUGUUUUACAUAAAAUCCAUUCAAUUUAAUUUGUUAUUUUAAAUGUUUUUGUUUUGGAAUGAUGUAUAGAGGCUGUUGUGUAUAUGCAUUAGAGAUCAAUUGUUUUCCAAACAAAAUUUCAAAUAAUAAUAUUUUUUAUCAACUUUGUGAUAAUGUGGGCCAUUUAUCAUUUAUUUAUUAAAAGAAGUUCUUGAUGUUAACUUUAUAUUAAUACAUUUGAAAAAAAAAAAAAAAUCCAGAUUUUAGUUAUAUUUAUUAGCUUUCAUUUGAAUAUAGAAUGAGAAAAUAUUUUCUCACCAGGUAAACACCACACAUAGAUAAUACCCAGUAUUCAGGGGUCACAGGGGGAACUUUUUCCCAUCUGCACUACAAUGUUGUUGGAUCAAAAAUGAAUUGCCAAUCCUUAAUAUUAUGGUAAAAUUUUGAGCCAUACUAUGAGCCAUAAAACUCACUAGAAAACUCUCCCCAUGAAACCUACCAGAUAUGUUUAUUCCUGGACCCUGGCCGAGUGGUUAGGACCACCUCAGCAAAUUUCCGGAGCCCACUGCUGAUAUCCUUCCUUUAAUAGGACCCUUUAAUUGGCUGGUACUGGUAAUUUUUAUAGAAUCGUUUGUAAAUCAGCAAAAGAUCUGACUUUUCUAUAUUCAUCUCUUUGGCGUAUUAAGUUUUAAAAUAGCAUUGAUUUUUUUUUUUAAGGAUUUUCCCAUAUAAUAUCUUUAAAAAAAUCUCAGUUUUGUAUGCUUUAGGAACUAUAGACUAUGUAUUUAUUUAGAGUUAAGUGUUCUUAUUAACUACAGUAUAUAGUUUUGAUACUUGUUUUUUUUUAAUUAUGCAUGUUUCUUGAUAUUUAUAUGCUUGUAUGACUUAGUUUAUAGUUUUCUUGAAUAGAUACAACUUUUGUGUAUAAGCACAUUUGAUUUUUUUUAUUCAUUAGUAUUUACUGUAAAUAAAUGUGUUAUUGAUUCAUACGUAUACAUACAUUCAUAUUUAUGAAUUUAUGUUGUUACAUGUUAUAUUAUUUUUUUUGAUUAGAUAUUUGUUACCUACAAUAUAUCUACAUUUUACAUAAAACAGUACAUACAAUAAUAUAAUUAUAUUCCAUGUGUAAAUACUGUAUUCAUGACAAGAUAUCUGAUUUUUGAUUUGAGGCAGCUUUUUUGUUUGUUAGUAUUUUUGUUUGAAUAGUCCGUCUCUCGGAUUUUAUAUACAUUUUAAUGGUAGUACUGUAUGUUUUCAAAAGAAAAUGUUAGCCAGAAUGUGUGUGACUGUUCUUAUAUGCCAGAUUUGCAGUUCAAUAAAAUUUAUAUUUUGAUUUGUCGAAUAAUGUAAA